AUGUCUUUCCCGUUAGCAGGUCUGGGAUCGUUCAGCCGGCCAUGUAACCGUGUGCUGAACCUAGUGGCUUAUUCGCGAAGCCGACAGUUUCACUCAAGCGAUGCCCUCCGCAUCCGUCACAAGGAGAGAAAGAUCCCAGUACUCACGAAGAAGCAGUUGGCAGCUAAGGAGCGGAAGCGGGCUCUUAAGAAAGCCAACAAAAGUGUCUACGCUAACGAAACCAUGACGCUCGCAGAUGCCAUUGGUGUUCUGCGGGCGGUGGAGGUCGCGUCUCCGAAUGCUACCUAUGAGCUUGUCAUCAAGACUGCUAUGUCGAAAGGCACAGUCAUUCCCAAGGGUCGUUUCAGUUUGCCACGAGAGGCCAAAUCGUCAAACAAGGAUCGCAUAUUGGUCUUCGCGGAGGGAAAACUCGCAGAUGAAGCGAGAAAAGCAGGAGCGGACAUCGUUGGUGGGCCGGAAAUUGUCGAUGGAGUGGUCAGCGGCCGAUAUCAAGCUACGAUGUUCCUGAGUACGAAGGCCCUCAUUCGUGCAAUUACUCCGAAACUUGGACGCGUCCUUGGUCCAAGAGGCUUGAUGCCGUCUGAGCGGCGAGGCACUGUGACGGAUGACGUCGGUGGUUACAUCCGACGACUGAAGGGUACGAGUGAAUGGAAGGGCGACAAAGGCGGAACAGUUCGCACUCCAGUUGCCAAGAUGAAUUUCCCCGUGGAGGAUGUUGUGAAGAACGUUCGCCACUUCCUCACAUUAGUGAAGCGCGCCACGGGCAACCUGAUCGACCCAGAAGCAGCAGCUGCAGACAAGAAGGAGACAAGUAAAAAGCCAGUGAACGCCAUCACGAAGGUCGUAUUGAGCUCACCGCAAGGUCCUGGUAUCAAGAUAUCAGACAUUUGA